AGAAAGCUAAAUCAGGUCGAUUACUCUAUUAAUCGCAAGAACAAGAAGACAACUCGCCCUUCCUGCUUUAACAGUAAGUACUCUCUCUUGUAUUGAAAAGGAACAAAAUGGCAGUCGAUGCCUUGAUGACCCUGCUCGUGAAUACCACGGUCAAUGUCACAGGCAAUGUCACAGGCAAUGUCACAGGCAAUUUCACGACCAAUUCUGCCACGGUCACUGCCGCGUCAGCAACCGGAGACGCAGCCAGUGGAAGCAGCGGCGCCGGCAUCAACGCAACUAGUACAGCCGACGCGGUUAAUAUAUCCUGUGCAAAAGUAUCGUACUCGUAUAAAUCCAACCUUUUUUUUUGGCGCGAAAUAGUAUAGAAGUUGGUGGGAAGUUGUUGAGAAGUUGGCGCGGAAGUUGGUGAGAAGUGGGCGCAGAAGUUGGUGAGAAGUGGGCGCAGAAGUUGGCGCGGAAGCCGGUAACAAGUGGCGGGCCGUGUUGGCGCCGUCAUCGGCUCAGCCGAGUGGCGUGGCACGUCACUCCGCCGCGGCAAGUUCUAUCGCCAGCCUUCGCUGCUUGCGGCUGCAGCUGCAAGGGCUUGAGAGAAUUGCGCUGCAGAUAAAAUAUAGAAAGAUGACCACUGUCAUUCUUUCCAUUUAUCUGCAGCGCUGCUCGAUCAGUUCGCGCGAGGGCCCCACGCGCGAAAACAAAGAUGAGAGGCGGCAAAAGUUGCGUCUGUGAUGGCUGCACGCACAGACGCCUUUCUGGUGAUUGCGCACGCGCGACGAAGUGGCGCUGCACGGCGCAGGGGCGCUGAUGUUUUUCAUUUAUGACAAAUUGCGGAGCUACGUAUAAUUAAUUAAAUUCAAUUGAUUCCGCAAUUAAUGAUAAAUGGGCUGGCGUUUCUUUUGCCAAAAAAUGCAUUUUUGCGUGUAGCCUACAGCAUUUAAAAUGUUUUUUCUUCGCAACUUCUCAACAGCUUCUCAACAACUUCUACAUAACUUCUGCACCAACAUCGCGACGAACAUCCGACCAACUUGGCGAAUUUUUCGAGGCUUCAUGCAAUUAAUUUCCAAGCGAAGGCUUCAUGCAAAUUAACUGCGUGGCAACUUCAAAAGAUCGCCUGCAGAACCCCGGAAGCUGUCAGCAAGAUGAGGCUUUGGAGCUCCCACAGCGCCUGCAUUUGCGCGGAGGCGCGACCGAAGUAUACCCAGCCAAACUGCUUCGUGACUGCGCACGCGGCCACGGGAAACUCGUGAAAGAAACACCAGGCGAAGCCUGGUAGAGAAGUUGGCGCGCCUACAGUUCAAAUCCGCACCAAGCCCCCGAACAAACCCACCCGCAGACUCCCGCCUACUUCUCAACAGCUGGGAAGUUGGUGAAAAGGUUAGGGAGAAGCUGGUGAGAAGUUGGUGGGAAGUUGUCUAGAAGUACGUGAGAAGUUGUAGAAAGGUUUCAUGCAUGAAAAGGUCGGAUUUAUACGAGUACGAUACUUUUGCACAGGAUAUAAUAACGCUACCAGCAAUGCCACCGUUCACGAAACUGUCAUGGCCGCAAACCCGGCAAACAUCUUUCUCGAGGUACUCGUGGCGCUAGGAACCCUUGCCGUGAUCAUGUUGCUGGGGCUGUUCGUGUCGAUACCGGCAACGCCGCCCGGCUGGGACGAGUAUGUACUGUCAAAAACGACGGGGAAACACGGAAAGAAAGCAACAAAGAAACCUCCUGGAGGUGGCGAACAAGCAGCUGCUGAUGCAGCACCAGCACCGGAAGCGGCCGGCGCCGCGGAGCACGAACCUGGAGCAGCAGCUGCACCAGAAGGAGGAGGAGAGGAAGCGGCGGCGGCGGGUUGAGGCAGCUGUAGUUCCUGGCUCUAACCUUGUUAAAGUAGUGUGAAGAACACAAUGGCUAUGGCGUCGAACGCUAUCUAGACACCGCCAACAUUAAAAUUUGAGUUUCGGAUUUUUGUUUCGAAGUGUUGCAGGAGGCGGAUGAACGAUAGAAAACAUUUUCGAAGAAAACGCAAAAGAAAAAUCGAUCUCCAGCUGGGUUUUUGUGGUUCUAAUACGUGGACCUGUGACGAAGUGCGUCGCAGAUGAAUGUAGUUUUCAAAAA